AUGAUGGCAGAAAGCAGACCACGAAUUCUCCCAAUCUCCACCAUCCAUCCGGAAUUCGCGACGAUAAUCACUGAGACGCGCUCGGGAGUGACCCCUGGCGACACUUUCUGGGUCUCAUGUUAUAAAUCCGGAGAACCAUCCGUUCAUGGGAAGGUAAAGGUCGAACUGGAUGAGAAGGACUCUGCCAGGGAAAAGGUGACUCUCUCCGGUCAGGAUGGCGUCGAGAUGAAAGAGGUUACGGGCCCUGGUUACACAAACCCCAAAUACGCGAUAUCGUGCCCUGCACUCUCUAUUCACGAUGCGCCUAUUGCGGUACCGUAUCAAGAGUAUGCCGAUCCUCAGAAAUCCAAUCCAGAAAGGCCUCAACGGAUAACCACCUUCGACGUGUCACGCGAUAAGACACAAUUCGCCACUGGAUUCCUCGAUGGAACGGUCGGAAUUUAUCCAAUACUUCCUGAAACGCGAUCUACAACACAGCCAAUCUCUGCCUCGCCUUAUACCAGCUCGCGGGCUCAUCUCAGUAGCGUUACCUCUCUGCAAUUCUUCCCAUCGUCGAAGGUGCUGCUGUCUGGAGGCGCGGACUUUACACUUCAUAUUUUGCCUGCUGAGCUUCCUUCGUCCUCUUCCUCGACCCCGACUCGCCUUCAGCCAGCCCGCUCGCUUUCUGGACACACACGGGCAAUUUCUAAUACGGCUAUCAUUGCUCGGGGUCGUAAUGUGUUGAGUUCUUCUCUUGACGGCACAAUCCGCUUGUGGGACGUCGGCAGUGGCCAGACCAUUCGCUCUCUAUCGUCUGCUCGCGGUCCGAUCUUAGGCAUGUCAUUAGGAGAGCGCAAUGGAGUAGCCUUUGGUUCUGCUCCCAGAACUGAUGGGACCCCUUCUAUCAACGGGGCUGCUGGUGGGGUCGACGAACGUGAAGUUGAGACGCAGGACAAGCUAGUAUUCUCCUCUUUGCAAAACGGCACAUUCGAAUGCUUCGAUGUCGGUUCCAAGCGCUGUGUAUUCCAGUCGCAACGCUCGUCAGCGGCGUUACAAACGAUUAGCUAUUCGGCGUCCCACCGCUUGGUUGCAACUGGAUCAUCUCGCGGAGUGGUGGACGUAUAUGACGUGCGAAGCGGACUCAGCGGAGGCUCGGCUCCACUGGUGUCAUUCACGAGAAACAACGCCUCCAUCGAGGACAUAUGUUUUUCAUCAUCGAAUAGUGACGGUCAAGGUGGCUCAUCAAUCGAGCUUGCUAUUGCCACAUCCGAUGGUCUGCCCUUCAUUGCGUCUGUUAGCGAUGACGCAGAAGUCAGCGUUGCUAAAGAACUGAUCGGCAUCCAUUGUGAUGGAGUCAGAUGUCUGCGGUCAGUAGGUGAUGAGAUAUGGUAUGCAGGCGAUGAUGGAAUAGUCAGGCGCUACAAGUCGUAG